AGUCUCAUUUUUCCAUCAAUUGAUAGCAUUCUCCUGAAUCAUUUUCGCGUAAAAUUUUCACAGCAGGCGGUCGGAGCUCAUGCACCAACUGCAGACACAGAACACCGCGUGUGCACUAAAAAUGGGGCCAUAACGAAACGACGACGAUAUGGCGGGGGUCAAUAUGCGAUUAGUGCGGACGUUGAUAGUUUAUUAUUCCUCAGUGGUUGAUAGAUUUGAUUGGAUAGAUCCGUCGCUGCAUGUAUGUCCCAACAUGACUGCGUGAGUGCUCCAUUCAGGUAAAAUAGCCUGUAUCUUGUUGUUAAAUUGUAGCCUAUCCUGAUGAGAUUGUGUUAAAUGAAAAUAAUAGAUGUCAUAAAUGGUUUCAUGUUUAUUUGCCCACCCUCGGCUCGAGUCUAAGCAGCCAGUGGCCUCAUUAAUUCAAUCGGUCAUGGACGUUAUUCUCCAUUGCCAUACGCUAGCAUGGAAUCAUAAGCACUAUAACGCACAUAGUUAAGAAAGGCUCUGUACCGGACUGAACUGUUGUAUGAAUCUAACGGUUCUUCCAAGUUAUGAGAACCACCCGGAAGCACCGAUCUUCUCCGGGCACCAAGCUGCUACUGGGACGCUGCUACCGGCUCCGGAUGUCCCGAGUUCGGGUGCUUCUCGUAUGCCUAUGUGGGAUGCUGGCUAUAGCUCUGACACUUGGAUUUUCUUUCUCGAGUAAUGAUACAAGCGAUGAUGAUGACAGUAUUCAUAUGGACGAUAACACACAAUUUCGUGUGCCAGACUUAAUAAGGGACAAGUUGACCCAUAACCCCCGUCGGGCCACUGUGGCCCAGAUCAAGCGUCUGGUGGGCCAGGUGAAUUCAGGUAGACUGUGGUACUCUCUCCUGAGGCCCAUCCUGGUAGAGAGACUGCCAGGUACCAGGGGCAGCCGUAGGGUGCGUGAGCAUAUCUACAGCCAUCUAGAGUUCCUGUCAGCGGGUUGGUCGUUGGAGGUCGACUCCUUCAACUCUGCUACCCCAAAGGGAAUUAUCACCUUCUCCAACCUGCUGGCAGUCCUGGACCCCUCGGCCCCACGCCGUCUGCUGCUGGCCUGCCACUACGACUCCAAGGCUAUGCUCCCAGCUUCCAAAACCCCCGACGGGCCUCUCAGGAGGUUCCUAGGGGCCAGCGACGCGGCCGUCCCCUGUGCCAUGAUACUGGAGCUGGUGACUGCUCUGGACUUCCACCUGAAAGUGCUAAAACAACAGAAGUCACAGGUGACUUUGCAGUUGGUCUUCUUUGAUGGUAAUGAGGCGUUUGAUCAGCCGAGCCCCUCCGACUCUCUGUACGGCUCACGUUACCUUGCUGACCAAAUGUCCCGUACACCUCACCCUCCAGGAGCCGAACAUACCACCCUGUUACAUGCUUUGGACCUGUUUGUUCUUUUGGAUCUGAUUGGUGCCCCUGACCCUAUGUUUGUCAACCACUUUGAUGACACUGUACGCUGGUUUGAUGAGCUGAUAUAUGCAGAGAGGAGGCUCCAUAAGCUGGGUCUGCUGUCCUCCCACCCCAGAGAGGUGAGCUACUUCAGGAAGGACAUAAACCUGGGCCCUGUGGAGGACGACCAUGUGCCAUUCCUCCAGCAGGGGGUUCCAGUCCUACACAUGAUCACAACGCCCUUCCCUUCCUUUAUGCACACUCUGGAGGACACCGCGGAACACAUCCAUUCUCAGACUAUAGAGAACCUCACCAAGGUGCUAGUAGUGUUCCUUGCUGAAUACAUAGGACUCUGACUGACGUUUCCUCCCUUUACUGUUGCUCAUAGACAUGUAUCCUUUAGACUUUAUGCCACAAUCACCCAGAUGCAUUUUAUAAUACCAGCCACUCUCCCACAUAAUCAAUUUACAAUCAUCAAAGUCCUAUCAUACCAUGCCUUUUUUCUACAUCACCUAUAUCCCUCGUUCUAGAAUCUAUACCCUAGUAGUCUUGUUGUUGUUGUUUUCUAUCCAUUCUGGAGCCAUACUAGAAAACGGUUGAAAUUAGGAUUGUGAUUAUAGAGGCCUUUUAUAUACCCUGUCCCUCACAUUCCCAUAAUCCAUGUGGAACUCAGACUUAUGCAAAAACAGAAUGAUAAACUUGAUUAGGUGACUUUUCUCAAUACGUUCAGUAAAUGAGGUUGUGAACACUAGAGUAUAUAGUGUUUCCCAAUGAGGGAAGUUCAAGCUAGAUCAUGUGGAUAAAAAAAGAUUAAAAUACUAAAUAAAGAGGUGAUAUACAGACAUUACUGUACAUAUUUGUUCCCCAAAAAUCACUUAUAUGUUUAGGACAGACAGUCCAGUAAUAAUAUAGCAAUAAAUAUGUGCUUUGGGAAGUGCUAGAUUAUAUGGGAUAUAGUUGUGUAUUAACAGUGCCUUCAGAAAGUAUUCACACCCCUAGACUUUUUUCACAUUUUGUUGUGUUACAGCCU